CCUUUCAUGACUUUGUUAUUUGAUAGUGUGUUUAUAUAUGUGUGUUUCGUGUUGGCUAUAUGCACCCUAGCUAUGCAGGGUAAAAUUUGCUACAGGACACCGUUAUUUUACGACGUUUGCCAAAACACACUGCUCAAUUGUGGCUUUGCCAGGUACCAUUAUAAUUUCGUGCCACGUUUGCCAGAACACACCGUACGUCCAAAACGGAAGGGUUGACUUUUCUCAUAUGAAAUUACAAUCUUACCCUUGGAGAUAUGUACGCAGGCUUCUUUCUUCCAAGUGUUCAUCUCCCACGAAGGCAGGAACUACUAAGACGAACGGGCCGAUUUCGCAAGGAGGAACCCAAGCGGGCGGCGUCGCCCGACCUCGCAGGCCGCCCUGCCGCUGCCCCAUCAACGCCUGAUCUCGCCGUCCCCGUCCCCCUCAACGCCAUCUCUCUCCAUCCCCGUCCUCCGUCCUGCAUCACCCUCCCGUUCCUGUCCCCUGCGUCGCCGGCCAGGCACCAAUGGCGAACGGCGUGUACAGGAGCCGUGCCGCUCCGCGAGGAGACCAGGACGCACCGGCCGUCCGCACCGGCGCCCUCACUUGCGACGAAACCGGCAGUGAUGGACGGCAACUUGACCUGGGUGCCUGACAGGAUGGACAGUAGUUCAGCUACUAGAAUUAAUGUCCGGGUGUGUGCGUAUGCUGAAUUUGGCGAUAAUGGGACACAAGUUUGGCAUCCAAUUAGGGACGAAUUGAAAGUUCUAGACAAAGAUUGUGUCAAUUUCAAAGAUUUCAGUGAAGAACUUUCCGUUUUGGGACAUCCAGUGUGUUCUGACAAACGUGCCACAAAAUUAUAAUGGUACCUGGCAAAGCCACAAUUAAGCGGUGUGUUUUGGCAAACACCGGAAAAUAACGGUGUCCUGUAGCAAAUUUUCCCCAACAACAGUGGAGACAUUCAGUCCAGACGCUAUAAUUGACAACCAAUGAACAUAGGUACUCUUUUUUUAGGAGAAUAAAAGUACUCUGUAAGCAAGAAAAGCGACCAAAUCUGUGUACAUUUGAAAUGUCAUGGGAGUAAUAAUAUGCAAAAGAAGCAUAUUCUCAUGCAGUCAUGUGGUUCUUACAUCGAACUCGAAUAGCUAGUAAGCUAAAAGGAUAGACGACCCAAGUGUUCCUGCAGGCAGAUAUAGCAAAGACAGCAGAACAUCAUCAUCAUCAUCAUCAUCAUCAUCAUCACCCCACAACCAACAGGGAAAAAUGGGCUCUUGUGAGUUGGAGAUUGUAACAGAUUAUGUUCUGGCAUUGUUUAGUAUUUUUUGGGACUUACAACACCUUCCUGAUUGUUUUGAACCAUCGGGACUUGCAGCACCUUCCUGAUUGUGGUCAGUUUCACCAAUAAAAUUGGGAGCGCCAAAUUCCCAAAAUACACCAGGUAAAAAGAUGCAAUUUUAUAUGACAGCAAUCUGAAAUGACUAACUACCAAAGAUAAGAAACUAUAAGAACAAAAGCUUUGCGCAUUGUACAUCAGGAAACUUACCUAUAAAUGGCCUUGAGUACAAAAUGUUUCUCAUAGCUUCAGUAAGAAGCAAGCUUUGUACAUCAACAUUAGGAAACUGACGUGCCGAAGGCCUGAAUAAUAACCUUCUGAACAGCACACAGAAAGUAACAAUCUCCUGCCAGAUAUGCUAAGUUUGACAUGAACAAAUGGAAAGCACAGCACUGAGCACUCGUCGGGUGAUAAGGUGCAGCAUCAACCUGUCAACCCACCAAGGCUCGAACCUGGGGUGGCUCACUACCUCUAAUUAAAAGAAAUGCACAAAGAGUAAGAUUGCCGGCGUUGUACAGGUAAUACUUACUUCAUACAUGAUUCUAGUCCUAACAUUUGACAACACUAUCGGUAUUUUGAUAUAACCACAAAACUAUUGUUUAUUUGAUUAUUUGACAACACUAUCGGUAUUUUGAUAUAACCACAAAACUAUUGUUUAUUUGAUUACAUGCUUAAUUUUUUUCAUAGUUUGAACUCUCGGAAGAAAUAUCAGGAUAGUCUCAAAGCCUAGAGGUUUCGUACUGAAGUCAAUUUCAUGACAAAAAACACAGCCUUUAUUCAAACGAGUAAAUAUGGUAAAUGCUAAAGUGCAUUCUGUGUAUAUUCUUGAUUAAAGGAGGUCAGCUCCUACCAUCUUCUUAGAAAGCAAGAAUCUGACGAGAAACCAGUAGUUCACCUACUAUCGUAAUUCAUACAAUUCUUCCUUGUUUGCUUUACAACUCUACUAGCUCGUUAUAUGAUCAAUACGAAGAUCAGUUCAAAAAUGGUGAAAAACAAAGCUCACUACAGCAAAUGAAAAUAGUACUCAACAAUACAACGAAUCCAUUCUGGAAUGGAGCUACAACUAUUGACUUCUUGUUUGGUAAACUAGUAACCUGAGACCUGACAAACUACUAUCAAAGCUAAUCAUUGAUCCAAUACCUUUUAGCUUCAUGUAUGUCAUAACAUUUGCAUUGUCCAUGCUUCAAAGAGAAAUACUAUAAUAAACAAUAAGAAUCAACAAAGUGGGAGGUAUGUGUUUAUCUUCAUCACAGAGCUAACAGUUGAAUCAUCAAUGGCUAGAAAAUAAAAGUAUCCAUAAAGUACACGAGGAUGUUUCCAAACACAAAUACUCCUCCGUCCCAAAUUUGUUGACUCAGAUUUGUCUACACACAUAUGUAUCUAGACAGGUUUACAUCCGUAUCUAGACAAAUAUAAGGCAACUAAUUUGGGACGGAGGUAAUAUUAGAUUCAUACAAGGAAUUGGAUGCAAUGAGAAAAGUCAGCACAAGCAAGGCAUUGCCAUAAGAAUGAAGACUUCCUGUGGAUCUCUUCUAAAAUGGAUAAAUAGAUUUUCAAUAAGCAUUACAGCACAGGG